GCCAUAUGAGUUUCGUUUUCGUUUCUAUUAGUAUUUAGUAUAAGCAUCAAUGGUAUAAUGUCUACGGUUCUUAGUGUGUCAUUGUUUUUAAUUUGUAAUUUGAUCUAAUAAUUGAAUUUCUCUAUCUAUGUUAAAUAUAUUCUCUUAGUUGUUAGUUUUUAAUUAAACAAUGGCAAAUAACUAUCGAUUCGCCGAGGGUAAGUAUAGGAAAUCUAUCAUUAAUGUUGCUACCAGUAUAAUUUAUAAUUAUUGACAAGGUGUACAACAUAGGUAAUUCAUACAAUUCCAUUACUUAUUUUAAUGUAUGAUAUAGAGGCUUCAUAAUUUACACGAGUACAUUUAGAUAAUGCUGUCAUGAACUUAAUGAGUUAAAAUCAUCGUUUCAUUUAUUUCAUGCUCAGUUUUGUCAAGCAAUGAAAUAAUCUAAUCAACUUAUGGUGAAAAUAUAUUUAUGUAUGGUGCAUUCAGAUGGUUCGAUAUUUUGACCAAUAAUAGAUUUGGGUUAAAUAAAAUCGUUUGUCAAUCAACAUUGUUAAAACUCAUAUCUGUGUCUUGUCAAAUUAAUUUCUACUUUGUCUAUAAUUGGUAUUGCCAUUCAAAAAUUAUUAAACUAUUUUUAUUUGUACUUUUUCAAUUUGCAAAUGUUAUUAAAGGAUCCCAAAAUAUGUCCUGUUUUGUAUAGUUAGAUAUAUUUAGUAUCCUUAAUUGUAAAUAAUUUGGUGUUGACAAUAUUUGUGGUAGGUACCAUUGCAUUAUAAGAAAUAUCCAACAAGUUACACACACUGAAAAUAAAGGGAAUGAAAAGAAAUCUUGUGUUUAUUGUGAUAAGAUUGUGUAUGUUGAAAAAAAAAAACUAAACACUGUCUGAAUAGUACAUUCAAAAAAUAAUUGAUACGGUAAAAAAUUAAAUAAUGUGAACAGAAUUACUUCCUUUCAUCCUCAACAUUCCUAAAUUUUGGAUUAAAAUUAUUUUAUUUUAUAAAGAAUUUUAAGUUUUAUUGUUUAAAAUCUACCAUUUAAACUAUUUAAAGAAAAAAGAUAGAUUCCUAGGAUAAUGGGGACGGGUGCAGCCACUGUUAUAGAUUUAAUGUUUACUUGUAAGCAACGAUAAAUCAUUGUUUUCAAAAAAACGAUUCUGAGCAGAGUUCAGUUGAUAGAGAUGCUUUGUUAACAAUAUAUACAUAUAUCAUUUUAUGGUAAAAUAAUUAAAUACCUAGGCUUUAUAUUUUCUUUAAUAAUAUUUGUAUAAUAUUGUAUCAAUUUUCCCAUGUUUUAUUAGGGUUUUUCACAUUUUUCUGGAAAACUCAGAAAAUCGAAAAAUGACCUCUCUAAAGUUACUCCCUAGUGAAAUUUCCAUUUAAAAAAAUUAAAAGUUUGAGCAAAAUUGCUGAUAGAAAAGUUGCGCACAGAUACAAAAAUGAACAUCUUUUUAAAACUAUAAUCUUCUUUGCUCCAUUCAGAAUUUAAAAUAAACACUGUCAACAUUAAACCGUUGUAUAAGCAACUUAUUAUACAAAUAUAAAUCUAUUUUGUAUUUUUAUACAAUUUUAAAUUGUGCUAUAUGAAAUGGUUUAGUACUUUUAAGUAGAUUUUUUAAAUGUGUAGGUAUAGUUAAGUUGUGUAGAAAGUUUGAUGAUAAUAUUAUUUAUUUUAAUUAGGUGAUAGUUUAUUGUGUUAUCACGGACCAAUGUUGUAUGAAGCAAAAUGCUUAGAACGGAGAAAGACAACAGAAGGAAAAGCUCAAUAUUUUAUCCAUUAUAAAGGUUGGAAUAGCAAAUGGGAAGAAUGGGUAGACGACGAUCGAGUAUUAGCAGUGAAUAGUGCUAAUAUGAACAAAAUGGCUUCACUAAAAGAAAUACAGUAAAUAAUUUGAAAUAAAUAACUAUUUUUAUAAGGUUCUUGUUUGUUAUAGCUCCGCCACUGUAAUAAAUAUGUGGUAUCCACUACCACGCGGUUUUGCUAACAAAUUGGGAGUUUUUUUUUUUUUAAUUACUAGUCCAAUAUAAGCUUACACCCGAGAUGGAAAAUUAAUGAGUUAAAAUUAUAUCAUACCGAGUGUAUCAUAACUAAACUGAGCGGGACAAUAUUAAACAAGUACCCUUUAUAAUUAGGUAUUAUAAUUUGUUAAAUUAAUUUAUUUCAAUUUUUAUACAUAGUUCACACACAAAAAAGGGGGCAACAAAACGGUCAAGUAAUGUCAUUGUUAAAGAAGAAGCUGUUCGAAAUUUACAAAAAAAUACUACACCCACUGUAAAAGGAAGAAAACGUAAAUCUUCUGAAAUUCCAUCAGAGUUUAAUAUAGUGAUAAACAUUCCAUCUCCACAAGAAUCCAAACCAAAAAAACGAGGCAAUUUAUUUAUUUUUUACUGAACUUUUAUUUUAUUUUAAUUAUUUAUCAUAACAAAAUAUAUUAUUUGUUCCACUUAGGCCGUCCUCCAAAAAUUAGUAUUGCUUCUAAACUUGAUAUAACUGAAGAAAGAAAAAUUGGAACAACUGAAACAACUAAAGUAACUGAAACAUCUGAAGUAACUGGAACAUCUGAAGUAACUGAAAUGACUGAAGUAACUGAAAUGACUAAAGUAACAGAAAUGACUGAAGUAACUGAAAUGACUGAAGUAACUGAAACAUCUGAAGUAACUGAAAUGACUGAAAUAACUGAAACAACUGAAGUAACUGAAAUGUCUAAAUUAACAGAAGAAACAACUAAGUCUUUUGGAACACCUGAAGUAAAUGGCUUAACAAAUUUGAUUGGAGCAACCAAAGAAAAUGAUAAUAUUAUUACUGAAGGAAUUGAGGCACCCAAAUUGAUUGAAACAAUAGAAAAUAUAAAUGUUAUUGAACAAUUAGACACAACUGAAAAAAUUGAGGCGACUGAAAAAUUAGAUGUUACUGAAGAAAUAGUUGCAACUGAAAAAAUAGAUCCAACUGAAGUAAUAAAUACAACUGACAAAUUAGAUGUAACUGAACAAAUUGAUGUAACUGAAGAAAAUAAUGAGACUGAAGAUAUAGGCGAAACUGAAAAAAUUGAUGAAACUGAAGAAAUUGAUGAAACUGAAGAAAUUGAUGAAACUGAAGAAAUUAAUGAAACUGAAGAAAUUAAUGAAACUGAAGAAAUUAAUGAAACUGAAGAAAUUUAUGAAACUAAAAAAAUGAAUGAAUCUAGAGAAAUUAAUGUAACCGUAGAAAUUUAUGGAAGUGAAGAAAUUGAUGAAAUUGAAGAAACAGAAGAAACAGAAGAAACAGAAGAAACAGAUGAAACAGAUGAAACAGAUGAAACUGAAGAAGUAGAUAAAGUAUGUUGUACAUGUGGACAUGUAGAUAGUGAUGAAGAAAUUGAUGAAGAAAUUGAUGAAGAAAUGAAUGAAGAAUCUGAUGAAGAAUCUGAUGAAGAAUCUGAUGAAGAAUUUGAUGAAGAAUCUGAUGGAGAAUUUGAUGGAGAAUUUGAUGGAGAAUUUGAUGGAGAAUUUGAUGGAGAAAUUGGUGGAGAAUUUGAUGGAGGAAUUGAUGAAGAAUUUAAUGAAGAAAUUGAUGAAACCAACCAAAUAUAUGAAUCUGACGAAAUUGAUGAUGAGUCAAGUGCGACUGAUGGAAAUGAUUUAAGUGAAAGUUUAGAUGAAUCUGAUGUAGAUGAUGAAAGUGAAAGUGAUGAAGAAUCAUCUGAAGAAAUGGAUGAUGAGUUUAUCUCAAAUUUGCUUGAACAGAUGACAUUAUUAAAUGCAUUGCACACAGACGAACCACCUCAGGAGACAAGAAUAAUAUCAAAAAUAACUAUGCCAAAUGUUUUUCAAAAUAUACUCGCUGACGACUAUGUCUGUAUUAAACAUAGUAAUAAAGUAUGUAUUGAUAAUUAAUAUACUUUCCAUGUGUAUAAUUGUGUUUACUUUUUGUUAGGUAUUACAAUUUCCAAAAGAUUGUACCGUUGAACGAUUAUUACGUAGCUAUGUAUGUUCGAAAAUGGAUGAAGACCAAGUAACAAGGUAAUAAUUUUGUUUUAUUGGUAUAGUGAUCCCCAAACUUUUUAGGGUUUUUAGUGCCUUUAUAGGAUUAAAUUUGGCCAUUUAUAGUUUUUCUUUUAAUAUGAGCCGUGGUGCUUCUGGAAUGGGUAUCAUGAUGCAUCAUUUGAAAACGACUAAUAGUUUCAGUAUAAUGUUAUAAUAUUUAAUGGUUUUAUGAUUAAAUUUUGAUGAAAAUCAUAAUUAUUAUGACCCCUAUCAAAUCAAGAAUAAACGUUUUUCACUCUGGAUCUUUUUUUUCAUAAGCAAUAAUUUAUUGUUGAUUAUAGAAAUUGUAGAUAUAAAAUAACUUUUUGUAUCCUACCUUCCCAACUACUUGCCUAUAACAGUAUCAUUUCUUUUAAAAAAAAAAAAAUUUUUAUAGGGAAGAUGCAUUGCUAAUGAGUUUAACAUGGACGCAAUAUUUCAAUUUACUAAUUCAUGAACAGUUGUUGUACCAUGAAGAAUUACAAUUUGGACUACCCAAAAAGGUAAUUUAUAUUAUGUAAUUAAACACAUUUCUUUAAUAUUUCUCUAAUACUUAAUAAUAUUACUGAUUAUUAAAUAAUAUUUAAUAAACAUUUCUAUCGGUUUUCCCCGUCAAUUUUGAGGUUUCAGUUAAUUUACAUUGUUAUACAAUAGAAGCUGCUUAAGAUGCUUUUUAAGAGAACAGCACUCUAAAGCGUUUUAAGCGGGAAAGGAUCUUACGCUGGACUUGAAAAAUUAAGUGAUUAAAAUAUCAAGUUUAUUUUUUUAUUUUUGAACAUAAAUUAAUUAUAAUUACAGACAGAUAUUUUUUGCUAUUUUUUUUAAUUAAAAAAGAAAUACAUUUAUACAAUACAUAUUAUACAUACCACGUAUGUAGGUAUUUUAGAUUCCGAGCGUAGCGAGUGAGCAAUUGAUUUUAUAAUGCUGUCUAUUUUUUUUUCCUGGUUUGUGGACAUGGUUUUUUCUAGUUAACUUACUCUGAUGUACAAGUGUAGUACCUUUUCUGAAAACUCAAGUUAUCUAGAUUGUACUUUAGUGAAGUCAUUUUUUGAUUUUAAACGUCAUUUUUUAUAUAAAACUACUUAAGUGAGAAAAAACAUAAGUAGUUUUACUAAGUGAGAAAAAACAUAGUAAAAAAAACAUGUACAAUUUCAUUAUUUUAUAAAAACACGUCUGUUUUCUACCAGAAAAAAAGAUUUAAUCAAAAAAUUACUAGGAACUCUUUGAUUUACAUUUUUUUACGGUAUUGUUGCCUAAACUUUUGAAGUUUUAAGGAAUUUUAAUUUUUGGGUUUUUUUUUUGCUUUAAUUCAGUUAUAAAUACAUUUAGAAACUUGAAACUUGGUAAAAAAAUACUUAUAUUAGACUUACCUAGAUGUGGUUACAUUUUCAAAAUCAUCAGACUAUUUUUUUUUUCAAUAAACGUUUUGAAAUUAAAUUUAAAUAAAAAUCACAAAAAAAAAAAAAAUACGGUACUUCAAAUUAUGUAUUACCGAACUGCGCUUGGAAUCGUCUUUCAUCAAGCAAUGGUUUAUUGUUACUUAUAAAUAUAAAUGAAACAACCUUAUGUAUCCUACCUUUCCAACUUCUCACCUACAACAGUGGACAAUCCGUCAUGUGAAGUAUGUUCAUAAUUUUUUUUUUUAUUAAUUGUUUGAAAAUGUGUUAAAGCAAGCAGUUCCACUUCCAAUUUAAACUAUAAACAUUUUUAAUUUAUUAAAAUAUAUACAUUUAUUUAUUUUGCAUUGUUUGCUAUAAAAAAAAACUUAUAAUAAUUACAUUUUAAUUGUGUCUUAUUAUUCAGUCAAUUUCGGAAUGAGAAUAAAUGUUGAUACAUCAAAAUGAAUUCACAAAAUUUAAUAAAUCUGAGUAUGAUAUUCAAAUUAGGGGUUCCUAUUUUAAACAAGUGAAGUUGUGAUUCUCAUUGGCGGAAUAUACAAAUUAAACAAAUUUUUACCCCAGUAGUCUAGUUUUAUGUACCCUAAACAGAAUUCUAAAGUAAGUAUAAAGUACUGAGAUAUGUGGUCUAUGUUUCUGUGGACAUGAUCUAUAUCAGUGGCGUAACAAACUAUGAUUUUCAGAAGUAGCUGUUUCUGAAUUUUGUAAGGUAGAUGAUUAGUUUUUUGUGAAAUUUGAAUGAUUAAGAGGGAUAUGUUGCUAAACGUAUAUGUAACUAUAUUUUAAUGGCUAUGAUUAUUAUAUAAAUUGCUGUAUUGGGGGAUUGUAAAAAAUGAUUUGCUAUACUGAUAUUAUUUAAAGUUUGUGACGCCACUGAUCUAUAUAAAUACAUUUUGAUUAUAUUUUAUUAUUUAUAUUGUUAUAGGCUACAGAUCAUUUAAUUACAAAAAUGGAAAAUGGAUCAAUAGGAGGAGAUAUAUUUUCAAAUAUCUUGGUUCCUAAAAAUGUAUACUGGCAUCAUGUUUAUCAUCCUACAUAUCUUCUACGAUUAUUGGGUCUGUUAAACUUAUGUGUGCCUUUUUACAAACAAUUUUUUAUAAUAAUGAGUAGACUUCAUACACAAAAAAGCCUUAAUAAAUGAAUGUUUUAUACAUUUAUUAAAUAUCUUUAAUGUGUAUUUUUAAAUAUUUUAUUUCCUCACUAUAAACCAAAAAUUUAAUUGAAAAUGUAUUUAUUUUUCUUUUAAAUUCAUAGAGUAGCAAGGAAUGUAUUGUUUUUACAAUAUGCUUUUUUUUUUUUUUUUUUUUUACACUGUGACAAACAUAUUUUUGAAAGGAAAUAGUCUAAAUGGUACUUUAAAGAGGUUUUUUUUUUUUUGAUUUUCCAAGUGGUUUUUAUGAUAUCUAGAAAAACCGGGAAAUUUGUGAAAAUUAUGCUUAUAAUAUUUAUAGCCACUAAAAAAGUUUUUAUAAAAAAUUGUUGAAAUUCAGUUAUAAAUAUCCGUGUGGGACUUUUAAACUUGAAAUUUGGACAAAGUACUUAUAUUUGUCUUUUCUAAACAUGGUAAAGUUUUAGUCGUUUUUGAGCUAUUUAUAGACAUUUAAAUUUUUUGAGUUUUCUACUAAGUCUUAUUUGAUAGGUACAACUAUGCCAAAAUUGUAAGAUUAAACUGAAAUACUUAAAAAUUUAACAGAAGGAUCAUUAAAAAAGUUGUACAUUUUGUUAAAAAAAAUUUUAUAUUCAAGCUUAAUUUAGUAAUUUUUUUUUUUUUUAUAUAGAAGAAUAUUUUAAUAUCAAAUUUUGACGAAAAUUGUUUGCAUUUUUUCCCCCUAAAUUCAAAUUCAUUUUGGGUAUACUUAGAAACCCAAGCCAUCACUCGGAUUAUUUUAUACAAAAAAAUACCCCUCAUUUUUUUUCUGCAAACUUUUCUACCAGAAAUUUCACUUGAUGUAUCAACUGUAGUAUUUUUCUAAAAUAACAUUCUAUCUACAUAAUUACUUUAGGGAGAUCGUCAUUUAUUAGUUUUCCAAAUGGUUUUCAUAAAAUCUUGAAAAAACCAGUAUAAAAUGUCGGAAAAAACUGGACAAUUUACUAAAUUAAUGCAUUUGUAAUAAAUUUAAAAAUAUUCGUAAUGACUUAAAAUUCGAACAGAAACUUAUAUUUGCCUCUCUAGAUGUGGUAAAACUAAAAACAUUUGAGCCAUUUUUGAGCUUUUUAUAGACAUUUUAAUUUCAUGAGUAAUAUUACAUAAUACUUACUCUGUGGAUUAAGUUGUCAGACUAAAUAGAUAUGUUUGAAAAUUGAACAAGAGGUUUAUUAGAAGUCUGUGUUUUGUGGUCAAAACAGAAAAAAUUUAGUUUAAUGUAAUUUUUUUUUUUUUUUUUAUCAGAAUUUUAAUAUCAAAUCUUUUUAGUAAAAAAUCAUGUGGAACAAAUCCUGUUACUGGUCCAUACAAAUAUUUUCAAUAUAUAUAUAUAUGUAUAUAUUUACUAUAAUAUUACACAUAUAUUGUUGAAAAAAUAAUUUUAUUAGCCAAGCUCCAUUUAGAAAUGUUUUGCGUUAGCAAUGAUUUACCUUUACUUACAGAUAUACAUUAAGUUCCCCUCUAUAUCUUACCUUCUCAACUCUUCAUCUACAAUGGUGGUCCACCGAUUGUAUAAAGUAUGGUGUGUCUUUUUUAAAUUUGCCUUUAAACAAAAAUUACCUUUUACCUUUUUCAUUCCAUUUAUAAUUGCAUGUUGUGUUUAUGUUCUAUUAAUUAUUAAACUAUAACCCAAAUAAGAAAAUUCCUUUGGUUAUUAUGAAAAUAAUUUAUUGAUUGCAAAAAAUUGAAUUUCCUCUAUUUUCUAUAAGUAUAAUAAUGUGCAUAUAUUUAAAUAUAUAUAUCAUUUUCUGUAAAAUUCUGAAUGAUAUUAAAAACCGUAUCAAAUUCUGUUGCCUAGUUUGAAGGAACUAAGCACACAACCCGAGAAUUUACAGUUAGAAUACAGAUGGAUAAUAAGUAGAGUUGUCACCUUCAGUGAAUAAUUCACUGAACCCGUAGUCUGUAGAUUUAUAUGGGAAAACUGGAAUACUUGGGUGAAACCCUGAGAGGUGACAACCCUAGUACUAAGUUUUACUAUUAGCUAAGAUAUUAGGUUCCCAAUUAUUAUCUAAAGAACUAAAAAGGCAAUUAUAUAUUAUACUGAUCUGUCCUGUAAUCCUGUGUGGAGCGAAAACAUAGCCACUAAGAAAACUAGACUAAAAUAAAUUUUUAAUAUUGGAUAGAGAAAUAUUGAAAAAAAUCUUUGGGUCAGGUAAUAUCAGUGAAGAAUAAAGAAUGAAAAAAAAUGUAGAACUCGAGUUGUUUCAAAGUACCAAUGAUCAUGUGAUAAAAAAGCAGAGUCCCAAACAAGGCUUGGCCGAAUUAUCUUAUCUCUAAUGUAUGCGGGGACAAAAAAUGAAGAGAAUGUGUAACAUAAAAUUAUGUGUGACUGGGUAAAGUGGAGAGAAGUGUCAAGUGUUUUGUUGCAAGCAAUUUCAAAUGAGACUUAUGUAAAUUCUACAAGUGUUGUGAGACCGACUGUGUUAUAUUUGAAAUUAAGGACCAGGGUAACUGAUCCCAACACUAUAGAGAUGAAGUGAAGGAGAAGAGAUUUUAUAAUUUUGUAUGAACUAUUGAAUAUUUUAUCCAGUAUGUGAUUUAUAUACCUUAAUCAUUUUGUAUAACAAUUAGAAAUAACUUAAUUUUGCUAUAAUUAAUUCCUCUUUUGUUUUUCAGUUGACUUCCCAUCAUAUUUGGAAGAUUACGAGCAUAUUUCUAAUGCAAGAUUAGCAAGUAUUUUUUCAAAGACUGAAGAUUUUUUGAUGUAAGUAUCAAUUUUGUUGUAAUUGUAUAUUGUAUAAUGUAAAUUGAAAGUUACCAAAUGGUAGACUAUAAACUAUGCAUUUAUCAAUCAUAAAUGACCUAAUUCAUUAAACAAUUGGUUUUUCUGAAUGAACAGAAAUAUGCAAUGAAUUAGUAUAUUUUGUACGAUCGAUAAAUAUUCAGAAUGUUUAAUUAAUGAAAAAUUAUAGGUUUACAACUGUAGUUAUGCUUGUAAAUAAGUAAACAUGUUUUUUGUUCUGGAUGUAUUGAAUAUAUUAAACAUUUUUUUUUUAAAUGAAGUGUAUGUUGAGUGGCUAAUGAAUCGUUUAAUACCUAUUGUCCAAUAGUUCAAUAAAUUAAAUAAAUAUCUAUUGUUUUCAUAUAUCAUUCAAUGAUCUAUUUCUAUUAAAUAAAUCAUGAACAAACAAAAUUGUUCACAUUUAUAAAUGAAUUGAUGGUGAAUUUUGUUUUUUCUCACCAAUCUUGACAAGUUCUCGUUUUUAUCAAUAAAAUUGAUAUGAGAUAUAAAAAGGCGUUGGAAUCAUUAAUGGACUACAGCUAGUUUGGGAAAUUCUAGACCUCAAUGAAAAAUAAUUUAGGAACACGAGAGAAGUAACCUCGUGCCAACCAAAACUAGUCACCAUCUCUAUGUUACACUGCAACUUCAUUACAUUUGGUCAUAUAAAAGGGGUUAUAACAGUUUGAUUUACUACUGGAUUGACCGGAGCUAAGAAUGUAUGGAAAGAUUCUGUCCUUUUGUAGGAUAGCCUAUAAUAGGCUUAUCAUCAUCAUAACAGCUUUUCGGACUUUCAAGGCUCAUUCUUCGUAAAUUUCUUCAAUUCUCUUUUUGCCAUAAUUUUGAUAUAAAUAUUAUAAAUUGUAUAAGUAUUACUUAAGUUUACUUAUACAACUUAAAAAAAAGAAAUAAUAGUUGUAAUACAUUUUAUUUAUUGUUGGUGUUUAUUAGAUUUUGAGUGGAGUGAGGAAUGUAUCAGUUUUACAAUGAUGUUAAUAUUGUCUUAUUUUAGAUUCCGAGCGUAGCGAGAGAACUAUUGGUUUUACAAUACUGUCUAUUUUUUUUAUUUUUUUUUUCUGGUCUGUGGACAUGGAUUUUCCUAGUUAACUUACUUCCAUGUAUAAGUGUAGCACCUUUUCUGAAAACUCGAGUUAUCUAGAUUGUACUUUAGUGAAGUCAUUUUUUGAUUUUACACAUCAUUUUUUAUAUAAAACCACUUAACUGAGAAAAAACGUAGGAAAAUGUACAAUUUCAUGAUUUCAUUAUUUUAUAAAAACACUGACGUUUUCUACCAGAAAAAAUGAUUUAAUCAAAAAAUUACAAGACACCCUUUCUGUUGCCGUUUUGAUUUACUUUCUUACGAUAUCAUCCCCAAAACUUUUAAGGAGUUUUUUGCUGUAAUUUGGUUAUAAAUAUGUAUACACUUGAAACUUAAUAAUAUUUAUAUUAAUUAUACUUAUAAUACUUAUAUUAAACUUACCUAGACGUGGUAAACUUUUCAAAAUCAUCGGACUACUUUUUUUCCUUUUUUUUACAAUAGUACUUUAUUUUUUUAUUUAUAUACUGUAGACCACUUUUAUCAUAAAAUACUUACUCCGUUGUAUAAGUGUAGCAUGUUUUCUGAAAGUCAAUUUUAUCUACUUAGUAAAUACAUUGGUCAUUUUUUGAUUUUCAAAGCGGUAUUUUAAAUAAGUACCUACUAUGUUUUCUAGCACAAAUAUGGCUCCAAUUGAAAAAAAAACUACAAGAGACUUUUUUGUUGAAUUAUUAAUCUUGUUUUUAAUAAUACAGGUCGUUUUUUGAUUUUUUAAUUAGUUUUCAUAAUAAUCGAGAAAAUUCAUAGGAAGGUUAGGUUAAAAAUAAUUGUGGCAUUUCAAAUUAUUAUGUGUUACCGAACUGCAUUCGGAAUCGUCUUUCAUCCGCAAUGGUUUAUCGUUGCGUACAGAUAUAAAUGUAAUAACCUUAUGUAUCCUACCUUCCCAUCUUCUCAUCUAUAACAUUGGCCGCACCUGUCCCUAAUAUCAGCCCGUUUUUAGUAUAUGUAUAUAGUAUAUAUAUAUAUAUAUACUGUAUACAAAGAUUCUACCAAAAAUCUUUCUUCGAAGUAUCAAGUGUAGCAUCUCUUCUGAAAGGAAAUUUUUCUGGGGUGGAAGUACUUGAGGGAAGUUAUUUUUUUAUUUUCCUAAUAAGUGGGGGAAAACAGGAAAAUUUACUAAAAUAAUGCUUUUAUAAUUAAUUUUUUUUUAUUUUGGUUAUACUUCAGGCUUAAAUGCUCUUAGAGACUUGAAAUUUGAACAGCAUUUGCCUUUUGUGUACAUGGUAAAAUUUUCAAAACAUUUGAGUCAUUUUUGUGAUUUUAUAAAUAUUAAUUACUUGAAAAUUUAAUAGGAGGUUCAUUAUAAGUUGUACUUAGUUGUCAACGAGAACAAGUUUAAUGUAGUAUUUUUUUUAUUUCAUAUAAAUUUUGACGAAAAAAAAAAUUAUUAUGGCCUUUUAAAAUAUGUAUAACCAAGUUCUUUUUAAAAUAGUUUUUUGUUAGCAAUGGUUAAUCAUUGCAUACAUGUACACAGUGAAACUUGUAUAUAACUGACAGCUACGAGUCACAUUUCAAAGAAAAAAUUUAAAUGAACAAAGAAAAAUGUACAACACUAUAAUAGCGAAGUGAUACAGAAUAAACGCUGUAUAGCUUUACUUUUUUAUAUGUUUUUAGUUAUUUUCCUCCUCACAAUUAACUUUAUCCUUAUUAUCAAACAUGUAAUCUGUCAUAAUCGGUGACAAUGUUGCGUGGUAUGGUGUAUACAUGAUACACAUUUGUUUAUGAACUAAGAUAGUUAUCCGUUAUAGACAAGUCGAAAUACAUUGGAAUGCCUAUCUUUUUGUCGGUGUAACAGGUGAUUGAUACCUCACAUAUAUAAUAUUACCUCAGUGGGUAUGAAUUGCCAAAUUUAUGUAAUGAUUCGUACUAUAUUAUAAUUCAUUGAAUAGAAAAAAUUGUAUUCAUUGUUUUAAAUCUAUAUUUCACUAUUAUUUUUACAUAUGCGUGUUAAUAAAAAUUUUAAACAAUACAAAUUUCCCUUCCUUUCUGUAGAUACUUCCAAGAUAUAUAAGAAAAAAGUAAAAUUUAAACCUUAUAUUACUUUUUGGACUAAAGCAAUUAACCAAACCAUUAUUUAACAAUUAGUUAUAAAUACGAGCUUAUACAAAUAUAUAAAAAGGUAUAUUAUACAGAAAAAACCGUGCCGCGUUCACAGGUGAUUGUGCUCAUUCCAACUAAUAAAAUUAAACAACGUAUUUCAGAUUUCCAAUUUGUAUAGGUAUCACGUAAUUAAUUAUUAAUUGCUUAGGCAUUUUAAAAUAAAAUAUGAUUUUUGUGCCUCAAUGAUAGAUAACCUAUCUUUGGUUAUAUUAUUUAAUAUUAUUACCUACUUUUUGUGGCGAUUAUUCCUACAGACGAUUUGUACCUACUGAGGUAAUUAUAUAGUGGGUAUUAAAAUACUGUGACUCCGGGACCUUAUUAUUUUGUCCGUUAUAUACAGUUGUCUAUUAAGAUAGGUUUCGCUGAAUACACAAUUCCCCUCUGUAUCUUACCUUCCCUUCAACCCAUCCAUCAUGUGUUAGUUUUUCUUUAGCUACCUAUAUUUAUUGUUAAAUAUUAUUAUAUUAUUGUAAUGUUAAAUAUUUAUUUUUCAGGUUUGCUGAAGAGUAUGUUCAAAGGUAUUUUAGUGAAGACGAAUAUGUGGAUAUGUCCUAAACACAUUUAUUUAAAAGUAUUUAGUUUAAUUCAAGUUUAAAACUAUUAAUUUAAGCAAUUAAUAUAAAAAUAAUUUUAUUUAUGCAAUCUAAAGAUGUAUUAUAAUUAUUAUACAUAUUGCAAACAUUAUAAUAUAUUUUAUAAUAAUUAUUGUUUAUGUUAUAGAUGAGUUAUUUGAAGUAUACUCAAGUAGUCUAAGAUUAUUAUGUUUUUCAUUAUCAGUUAUUUAUAAAAAUUAUUGUAUAUUUGAUGAAGCUUAAAGUCAAAAAAAAAUAUAUAUAUAUAUAUUUGGUAUAUUUAAUUCUUAAUUACCUACCUCAUAUAAGCAUUAUUUAAAAAUUAAUAAACAUCUUUUAUAGUUUUGUAGUGUUUGUGUUUAUAUUUUAUUAUUGUAUCAUUGAUUGAUUGUAAUGGUAUUUUCUGUGAGAAGGGAUUAGAAUAAUCCUAUGGUAUCUAUCUGCUGUAGUAGAUGACAAAUAGGGUUGUGUUAUGUUAACAGCCAGUGCAAAAUUCUGUCAAAUAUAAUGGGGAGUUCUAAGCAAAGACUUGGGUAGAUCAUCCCAUCUUAGACAUCAGAAUCAACAGGUGAGAGGAGGUACCAUAGUACAUAGUGUUUGCAGAUGAUACAGCUUAAAUAGAAGAAAAAUUGGAAAUAGCAAUAAUUUUAAGGAUUUAAGAUUAGCACUUGAAUAAAAGAAACAUCUUUAUUUAAAGGAUAAGUAAAAAUAAAACAGUACUUAUAUAUAAAGUAUGAGUUUAGAGGAACGAAACAAGGCAGCUAAUGACAAUAAAAGGUAGAAUUGGCGUGGCUUUGAUUAUACAAAAAUCAGGGGAAAAAAGAUUGAGAUUGUUUGGGUAUGUCAUGAGAAGAGAUGAAUCAUAUGCUGUAAGAAUUUUAACCAAAAAUGAUCUGGUUGGAUCUGAUAAGAAUUAUAUAAAUACAUCCAGUGUAUAAAAAGUGAAAGAUCGAGUCAAGUUAAAGUUUAGGACCAGGAUGAACAACCUCAAUAAAUUGGAAUUAAGGUGAAGAAGAAUGUGUAUUGAAAGAUGUCGAUUUUAUCUUAUAUUGCCAAUAGUAUCAUAUUGUGUUAGAACAGUCAUUAGCUGUGUUUACAGAGAUUCAGCAGUUUUGGUAUGUGCCAAUCAUUUGCGAGUUUCUAAAUGAAAGAUUUAUUAUCUAACCUAAUAAUUGAUUCAUUAUUAUAAUAUAAACAUAGGCGCUACUAGGGGAGCCAUAGGAGGUCUUCAGCACCUUCUAGUUUAAAAUUAGUAAAUUAGUACCCACAAAAUUACCCAAUAAGUUUUUUUUAUAGUACUCAAUAUUUUAUCCACAUAUUUCAUAAUUAAUAAGCAGAAAAAAUACAGCUUACCUACAGACAAAAAAAAAAAUUUGAAAAUGAAACAUGUAGUUGUUGAUUAUAAAUGUCAUCUAAAGGGGAUUGUGGGAACAAGGCUGUGAUAAAUCUAUAAUUUUACUACUCACAAAGUUAGUGGUCUAGUUGCAUCUUGAUUAUACAUCAUAAAAUAAUAUAAAACUAUAAAAAAUUUGACUGAGUCAAGGACACAAAUUAGUUGCUGAACUAACCGAUUAUAUCAAAAAAUGUACACAAACAAAAUCACAAUUAUUUUAAGUUUUCAAACAAAAAAUUGCAAUUUUA